AUGGCGGCCAAGGCAAAGCCACAGGCCCAAUACCAGCACUUUGUGCCGCAGUUCCUGCUCAAGAACUUUGCCCAUCCAUACAAGCCCGAUGGCGGCGGCUCGAGACGGCGCAAGGACGGCGCGGGACGCAAGUUUGAGAAGGGCAUGUACCCCAACGACCCGGUCGUGCGGCAUCUCGACCUCGUCGCCGACCAGCCUGCCAUCUGCGAGAAGCCGGUCAAGCGCAUCCUCGGCCAGAUCAACGUGUACCAGGACACCAGCAAGCCGACGGACCAGCAGCAGCACAUCGAAGAGAUGCUCAGCAAACUGGAAGCCAGCGCAAGCCAGAUCAUCCGCAAAAUCACCAAGGCGUUCGAGCAGAAGGAGGCCGGCCUCUGGCUGACGCGUAGCGAGCGUGAUCUCCUACGCAAAUUCCUCUUCCUUCUCAAGUACCGCUCAGAUGGCUUCCGGCGCCGCUUCUUCCAUCAGGACCCGGAGAGCUACAGCGAGAACGACAGAUUACUGCUGCGCGAGUACAUGGCCAAGCACGGCUUCAAGCGGCCGCUGGAUGUCUGGUUCCACAACAUCAAGUGCAUCAUUGAGCUGGAGAUGGAUCCCGAGCGAAAAUGGGCUCGUGAGCUCCGCAACCGCAUGUAUCCCGAAGAUGCCCUCUGGUUCCUGAGCCACGUCGAGUUUUCGUACAUGGCCAUCUGCACGCCAUCCAACCCCGAGGACGAGUUUAUCCUCACGGACAACUGCUACGGUAUCUUCGAGGGACCUAACCACUACGUCCAGGAUGCCCACACAAGCGAGGUUGGCGGCGGAGCCUACACGCCACUCCACGAGUUCGCACCGCUGUCACCCAAGCUGGCCAUCGUCCUCCGAAGCCAUGUCCUGCCUAACCCGCUCGAGGAUGCAAACCCGAUCACCAAGGCCUGGCGCGAGUUUCAUCGAUUUCUCGCGGUCGACAUCGUCUACGACUAUGAAGUCACGUCGCUGCUGGCCGACCUCCCGAUUGAAAAAGCGACAAAUAACUAUACUCGCAUCGAGGACGGCCGCAUAUAUCCGCUCCGCCUCGAGAACUGGCGGCCAAGCCAAGACCACAAGUUCUGCUUCAGGUUCUUCCCUAUCAGCUCCGACCACGUGCACACCAUCAAUGCUAUCCUGCUCGACCAUGUUGCCCCCUGCACCUGCGUCGUGUUCGAGUCUCAGGCGAGCUUCGCGCGGACGUUGGAAUGGUACCUCACGGCCCCGUGCGACAUCGGGAAGAGAAUAUUCCCCUCAGACUUUGACGGCCGCGGGGCGUGCUUGAAGAAGUUGGAGAGCGUGUCGCGGAGCCUGGGGUCCGCAAAGGAGACAGUCUGGAUGAGCUUGCCGGACCCCCCGGCCGUGGACUACGAAGCGUUUCUCGCCGCAAGGUUAGAGCAAAAGCGGCUAAUGAAUCGCUGGUUGGACGGUGGCUCCGUCCACACCAUGAUGGAGGACCUAACGCAAGCCCAGAGAAUGUGGACGCUGCGAGUCAAAAUCGACGCGUGGUCCGAAGGUCGAGUCGACGAGAAGAUACGGCAGCGCAAUCGAGAGCUGCUCCUGGACGCCUAUCUGCGGCUCCCGCCGAGACGCGUGUGGUCGUUUGUCAAGUUCGCUAGGCUCUUCAUUCUCAGCUCCGAUCCGACCCUCGAUUACAAGCGCGAAGACGGCUUACCUGAAGCAGAGGACAUCGUGGCACGAGCCCCGUCAGGCAUCCCCGAGGUCGAGGAACUGGCCUGCCAGGCGCAGCGCGAGAUCGUGCGCAUGGGCGGGUUUAACAGUCCGGGACCGCGCAUAGGCACGUUUGGGCACGGGGAAAAGAUCGAGCUGCUGACUCGCGCCAUGGUCAGAGAGAGAUUCAUGGACGCCCUCAAGGGGAGGCUGGAGGAACCAGUGCUUCGAGAGCUCCGCUCUGUCCUCUUCGGGAUUGCCUAUCCGACUCCUCCCCCCGGUUGGCAGUGCAGCUCUUGA